CGCUCUCGUCCACUCUCAUCUUCCCGACUCAUCCUCACCACAACACACAUCAUAUACAGUAAAAAUGGCGGACAACCAGAUUCCAAGUUCCGUCGCCGAUGCAGUCCUCGUCAAAUCCAUCGAGAUGCCCGAGGGCUCUCAAAAGGUUGAGGAGCUUGACUUCAACAAGUUCAAGGGCCGGCCCAUCACCGUCGACGACCUUUUGCAAGGGAUGAAGCACAUGGGUUUUCAAGCCUCGUCCAUGUGCGAGGCCGUGAGGAUUAUCAACGAGAUGCGCGCCUACCGCGAUCCCACCACCUCCGAAAAGACGACCAUCUUCCUCGGCUACACCUCCAACCUGAUCUCCUCCGGCCUGCGCGGCACUCUGCGCUACCUGGUCCAACACAAGCACGUGUCUGCCAUUGUGACCACAGCCGGCGGCAUCGAAGAGGACUUUAUCAAGUGCUUGGGAGACACGUACAUGUCCUCCUUCUCCGCGCCGGGCGCCGACCUGCGCUCCAAGGGCCUCAACCGCAUCGGCAACCUGGUUGUGCCCAACUCCAAUUACUGCGCCUUUGAGGACUGGGUCGUGCCGAUUCUGGACAAGAUGCUCGAGGAGCAGGAAGCCUCCAGGGGAACCGAAAACGAGAUCAACUGGACGCCCAGCAAGGUGAUCCAUCGGUUGGGCAAGGAGAUUAAUGAUGAGCGCUCCGUCUAUUACUGGGCUUGGAAGAACGAUAUCCCCGUGUUUUGUCCGGCCCUCACCGACGGCAGUCUAGGCGACAUGCUGUAUUUCCAUACGUUCAAGGCCAGCCCCAAGCAGCUGCGGAUCGACAUUGUGGAGGAUAUUCGCAAGAUCAACACCAUUGCGGUGCGGGCCAAGAGGGCGGGCAUGAUCAUUUUGGGAGGAGGCAUUGUCAAGCAUCACAUUGCGAACGCGUGUCUGAUGAGGAACGGGGCGGAGAGCGCCGUGUAUAUCAAUACGGCGCAGGAGUUUGAUGGAUCCGAUGCGGGCGCGAGACCGGAUGAGGCGGUUAGUUGGGGCAAGAUCAAGGUCGGGGCCGAUGCGGUCAAGGUGUAUAUGGAGGCUACGGCGGCGUUUCCGUUUAUUGUGGCAAAUACUUUUGCGAAGGAGGAUGGGCUGUAACAGUCUGGGAAGGAUGAUGUAAGGCGGUGGGGAUGAAGUCACGGGAACCUUAAAAGCGUAGGGAGUUCAAAAGUCAGUGUUGUUGUUUUUUUGUUU